AUGGCCUCAACAUACGGUGACGUGCGCCAUUUGCUCCCGGGCAACUACAAGCGCCUGAUUGCCAACUGGCUCGAGGAGGACUGUCCCAGCCUGGACUAUGGCGGCUUCGUCGUCGGCGAGUCAGAGGGCGAGGCACGCCUAUUGGGCAAGAGCCAGGGUAUCAUUGCAGGCGCUCCGUUCGUCGACGAGGUCUUCACACAACUUGGAUGCACCAUCGAAUGGCACAUCAAAGAAGGCGAAACCCUCUCCUUAAAUCCCAUCCACCACUGCGCCACCGUCCGCGGACCCGUCCGCAAGAUCCUCCUCGGCGAGCGCGUAGCCCUUAACAUCCUCGCCCGCUGCUCCGGCAUAGCUACAAAGAGCGCCUCCAUGCUCGCCGCUCUCCGCGCCCAGGGCUGGCAGGGCACACUUGCCGGAACCCGGAAGACCACGCCUGGCUUCCGUGUCGUGGAGAAGUACGGCAUCUUGAUUGGUGGGGCUGAUCCCCAUCGUCAUGAUCUAAGCCAUAUGACUAUGCUCAAGGAUAAUCAUGUCUGGGCUUGCGCUAAUAACCGCGCUGCGGCGGAUGGGGGAGUCGCGGACCCCAAGGAUAUUGUGUCGAUUGCGGCGGCUAUUCCCAGGGCUGUGCAGGCUGCUAAGGCGGCGGGUGGCUUUGCGACUAAGGUUGAGGUGGAGUGUCGGAGUGUUGAGGAGGCAAAUGCGGCGAUUGGCGCGGGGGCUGAUGUGGUUAUGUUGGAUAACUUUAGUGCCGAGGGAGUGAGGGAGGCGGCGAGGGUUUUGAAAGAGGGGUGGAAGGGGAAGAGGGCGUUUUUGAUUGAGGUUAGUGGAGGAUUGACGGAGGAGAAUGCUGGUGCUUAUACCUGUCCCGAUGUGGAUAUCUUGUCCACCAGCUCGAUUCAUCAGGGUACGGGGAUUGUUGAUUUCUCGCUCAAGGUCUCAUUGCGGUAG